CGAUGGAGGUGAGAACUCUCCUAAGAGGCAGUUUUCUUCUCCUGAGACUCCCAAGCUUGCUGCAAAGCGAUCUUCCAUCCCACUCCUGCAAAAAGCUCUAGAGAAAACAAAGCAUCAUGUACACCUUCCUGCCCGAAAACUUCACGCCGGUGAAGCAGAAGCCCUCUAAGGAGCUGAGGCCCAUGCUUGGGGCCAUCUUGCUGGGCCUCAUCCUGUUCAUCGCCGCGGUGGUGGCCUGGUGCUACUACACAGUGUCCCUGCGGAAGGCGGAGCGGCUCAAGACGGAGCUGAUGGACCUGCGGGCGGACGGCUUCGUCAUCAAGAACCAGCACGGGGAAGUGGUCUUCCGUCUGGCCUUCCGCUCGGGCACCCUGGACCUGGAGUCGUGCUCCAAGGAGGGCGAGAUUUUGAGCUGCACGCGGUCGGGCGGGGGGCCGCUCAACUUCUUCAUCCAGACGGUGAAGCCCAAGGACACGGUGAUGUGCUACCGCGUGCGCUGGGAGGAGCUGGCGGCCGGCCCGGCGGUGGAGCACACCAUGUUCUGGGAGGACGCCCACUGGUACGGGGGCUCGGAGAUGAGCACCCAGCACUGGCCCAUCCGCCUGGCUGGCUCCCAGGAGCCCUUGCCCUACGUGACGAGCGACGUCUACUCCUUCCGCGACAGCUUCGGCGGCAUCCUCGAGCGCUACUGGCUCUCCUCCAAGGCGGCGGCCAUCAAGAUCAACGACUCCGUUCCCUUCCACCUGGGCUACAACGCCACCGAGCGCUCCCUCUUCUUCCAGGCCCGCUACAAGGACUCGCCCUACAAGCCCCCACCAGGGCAGCAGCCCUUCCCCGAGCUCAGCUACCGGGUCUGCGUGGGCUCCGAUGUCACCUCCAUCCACAAGUACAUGGUGCGCCGGUACUUCAACAAGCCCUCCAAGAUCCCUGCAGAGAACGCCUUCCGAUACCCCAUCUGGUCCACCUGGGCACUCUACAAGAACAAUAUUGACCAGGAUAAACUCUUGCGAUUUGCCGAAAAGAUCAAAAAAUACCGUUUUAACUGCAGCCACAUAGAAAUUGAUGACAUGUACACGCAAGCCUAUGGGGACUUUGACUUUGAUCCCGCCAAAUUCCCCAAUGUAACGGAGAUGUUUGAAAAACUGAGGGAAGACGGGUUUAAGGUCACCCUGUGGACUCACCCUUUCAUAAACUACAAUUCCUCCAAUUUUGGG